UUCAUUUCAAUGUUUUUUUUUAUCCAACAAAAUUCAUCAUAGCUCUUUGGGAUUAUUAUGAUUACAAAAAAAAUUUCGAUCAGUGAAAAAUUUUGAUUACUUUUAUCAAAUUUCUUUUCUUUUCAGAAACUUAAUUCAAUCAAAAUUUAAUUCAGUAUUCCACUCUCCUAUAAUAAUUCGAUUUCAACCAGUUAUGAUAAAUCAAAGUUGUUUCAAUUCUAGUUAAUAUAAUCAAUAAAUUCACCAUUCGAAACAAUGGCUGGAAAAACACCCAAGGGUAAAGUCGUCGUUGAAAACGAUAUCGAGAAAAACAGGGAGGAUGGAAACUGGAACAGAGUAAUCGAACUAGCAGAUUUAUUAAUCAAACCGAAACCUCCCUUACACAGUUUCCUCGUUGGUGAAGCUAAACUCGAAAGUUACCUAGAGAAUAAUCCACCUUUAGAGAAGAAUAUCAGUAAAGCUCGAAUCGGACUAGCCGAAGCCAAACAUUACCUCUCUGAAGCUAUAACCGAGCAAGGAGAUAAAUGUGGAGUAGCUCUCGAUGGUCAUUUAUUACUUGGCAAGGUGCAAUACGCCUUGGGAGACUACGAAGGAGCCUUAAAGCAUUUCGACGAAGCUGAUUUACAAGGUUUGACUGAGAAAACUCUGGCUCCUCGAAGUAUUCGCAUCAUAGCCGAAUCUUUCGCCAUCAAAGGUUUAUGUUCGGAAAAAAUGCCACCCCAGACGACUGCCAGAAACGCUCGUUUAGAAUGGGUCGAACAAAUCAAACACUGCUACGAAACUGCCAGCGAUCUAGGUCUGCUGUAUUUACAACAACAAGACAAACAACACAGUCUAAACGUAAACGCAAUCGUUUCAACCGCAACUACCGGAUCACAUUCUCCACAACCGAGCAGUCAUUCGGCGACGCAUUUGAGCGUAUUGAUUGAAACCGCUAUUCUAAGGACCCCUAUUUUCUUAAUCGAACACGGACAAUUAACCGAUGCAGUUACAUUUUACAGAAACAUGUUGUCCGCUGUCGAAGCUCCAGGAGCGCAUGUUCUUCGAUUAACACUAUGUCGUCAAUUAGCUGAAAUUUUAUUACGUGGUAUGGUCGGAAAUGCGUACGUUCCUCCAGCAGAUAACAAAAAAACACAAGCUACUCCGUGGAAACCUAACAAAUACACUGGACUGAAUAUAUUCUGCCCGCGGAACGAAUACGAAGAAAUCAUUUUACUGCUUUUGAUCAGUGAAGCCAUGGCCGCUAAAAACGCUGUCCUGAGUCAGUCGCCGGAAUUCAAAGACGCCAGAUCGAGAGCCUUUACGAAUGCUACCGUCGUUUAUGAUUUACUCACCGUGGCUUUAGUUCGUUGGAAACAGUUCUCAUUAUUACAAGAGUCUUUCGACAGAGCUAUGAAGUUUUCCAGCGACGAAGCUCAUAUUUGGAUGCAGCAUGCUCUCUGUUUAGACGCUAUAGGUCAAUAUAGUCGAGCUUUCGACAUGAUGAAGGAGGUAAUUCGUUUGAAAAGUAACGAAGUCCAACCUAAACUGAUCGCUGCUCGGAUAGCUUAUCAUCAUUUGAAUAAAAUCGACGAAGGAUUGGAAUUAAGCCAGAAGGCGUUAAACUGCGAUAUUUCGAAUCCACAUUUGCUCUCUAGAUGCUACUUAUACGUGGGUAUCGGUGCUCAUAGCAAAGCUGCGCUUCCACUGGUGAAAUCUGCUCGCGAUAAAUACCACAGAUUAGCUCACGAUUCUUUUCUCAAAGCUCAUCAGUUAGAUACGAACGAUCAUCUGGCCAAGUAUUACCUUGGUCUUCACGCCGCAUUCCAGUAUCAGAUCUCCGAAGCUGUAAUACACGUCAAAGCAGCUCUCAACUUGUAUCCGGAGCAUUUACCUUCGCUGCAUUUAAUGAUCCUUUUGCUCACUGCUCAAAAACAAAUGAAGGAGGCUUCGGAAUUACUGGAUUUCGCUUUGCAAGAAUAUCCGGAUAGUAUUUCUUUGCAUUUUUUGAAAAUUCAUCUCGAAUUACAUUUGCAAAAUAACGAAACUGCUUUAAUGAUCGGUAAACGUAUGCUAUCUUUAUGGAAAACCACCUCGAGCUCUCAAAUCAGCUCGGAUCAUUCAGAUAGCCGAUUUCUUCCGGUGGAAUUCUCAGAUCGCGAAUCAAACUCGAUGCACGCCACUCAAACCUUCUCCAUAGCGAAAAUAGAUCAAGCCUUGUCCGACGUCGGAGCUUCGUCAAUCAGCUCAUCAAUGAGAAAACCAACCAGUGGCCAUAAUACGUGGACUAUGCAACAUAAAAUCUGGCUCUUAUUGGCCGAAAUAUAUCUAGAACAAGAUCAAUUAGCCGCUGCAACGAGCUGUUUGCAAGAAGCCAUCAAUAUUUACUCGAAUUCUCAUUACAUUAUGUACAUGAAAGGAAGAAUACACGAAUACAAAAACGAAUUCAACGAAGCCAGAUUAGCGUACGGAGGAGCAUUCUCGCUGAAUCCUUGCCAUUUGAAAAGCUUACAACAUUUGGGUUUGAUGUGCCAUUACACCGGAAAUCAAAGAUUAGCCGAGAAGAUUCUUCGCUACGCUGCUAAACUAGAUCCCUGGUCAUCUCAAACUUGGUACAAUUUAGGCAAAGUUUUAGAAUCGGCCGGAGAAGCUCAAAGUGCCACCGAUUGUUUGGCUACUGCCCUACAUACUGAAACUAUUAGUCCGGUGCUGCCCUAUAACACAAUCCCUAUCACUUUCGAGUGAAGUGUUUUCGAUCAAUGAUUAUUUAAAUUGUUAUAUUAAUAUUCGUAUUAGCGACGGGUUUUUUGGUAUUCCGGUAAAUUUGUGAUAGGAGAGGGGUAAACGGGGUUAAUAUUUUCAAAUACUCAAUUAUUAUGUUGUACUACAAGAAAAAAAACGGAUAAAAUACUGGAAGUUUAUAAUAACUGCCUUCAAAGUCCAUGAUUUCUUUUCUAAGACUAAAAAGCUUCCAUUCGAGUCAAAAAAAAUAAUAAUACAGAACAUAUCCGUUGAAUUAUGUAUAGUUUUACGUAUAUUAUUACCUUUAUAUAGUUACCAUAUUGUAAUUUAUUUAAAAUCUUUUUCUUUCCAAUGUACUAUUUAUAAGGUAUAUUUAUUUUAAACGUUUUUCGGAUCCAAUCCAAGUUGUUUCAUUUGUACAACGAUAUCGAAUAAGUAAUCGUAACAUUCGGUUCUGUAACAAUUCCAGUACCAUAAAUUAUUGUGAAAUCA